GAGGUUUCAAACAACUUGCUUGUGAUGUUUAACCUAAGUUAAUUUAAAUAUAAGUUCAAUUAUUACUAUUAUUGUAUAUAGUUACCAAUUGCUUUAAUUUAUUGUGUGGAAAUAUGAUUUCCAAUUGUGAAAAACAAUUUGUUUUACAGUCAAUUAGAAAUGGAAAACGACUUGAUGGAAGAGAAUUUGAUGAAUUUAGAGAGCUAGAACUACGCUUUGGAUCUGAUUAUGGUUGUUGUUAUGCUACACUCGGCGAGACUAAAGUCGUUGCUCAGGUUUCUUGCAGUCUUACUGAACCUCGCCCAAUGAGGCCAACAGAAGGCUGCCUAUUCAUCAAUGUAGAAAUAAGUGAAGCUGUUUGUCCAAGCUAUGACACAGGCCAUCAGCCUCAUUUGGCUACGCAUGCCAAUAGAUUGUUGGAGAAAUGUAUCAAGGAAUCUAAUUGUUUAGACCUUGAAGCUCUUUGCCUCACAGCAGCGGAACAGGUUUUUGAUAUUAGAGUUGAUGUUACUGUUCUUAAUUAUGAUGGAAACUUGUUAACUUGUUGUUCUGUUGCAACGUUAGCUGCUCUUGCACAUUUCAAGACACCAGCUGUUACAGUAGAAGACUCAGAGAUAAUUAUUCAUCCUAUCAGAGAAAAGGCUCCUGUGCCUUUGAGUCUUCACCAUUUUCCAAUUCUUGUAUCCUUUGCUGUAUUUUGCGAUGGAGAGCAUACAGUGGUUGAUCCAACAGAAAUAGAAGAGAAAGUCAGUGAAGGUGAAUUAGUCGUAGGAAUGAACAAUUACCGUGAGCUCUGUGGACUGCAUUUCAGUGGUCGCGCUAUUGGAAAUAAAGACCUUAUCCUUUCCUGUUCAAGUAGAGCUGCAUUAAUUGCUUCGGAUUGUGUUAAAAGGAUGAAAGAAGUAUUAGAAAUAGACCAGAAGACUAGAGAUAAAAACCGUGGUGAAUCUGAUGGCCUCACUGAGUGUAUUCAUUUAGAUCGUUUGCUGUCGGCAUCCAGAGAUAGGCAAGCCCUUAGAUUACAACCUGAACAAGUGGAAAAAGUUCUUUCACGAGCCAAAAUCAACCAACAUAUGGAAAUAGAUGUCCCAGAGGAGGAAACAAGUGAAGUAGAAGAAGAGGAGAAUGAAAAAAUGUUCACUAAAAUUGACAAGGAAGGAGGAGUAACUAUCAGUGCAAUGGGAGCAUCUGAUUUUGGAAAGGAAUGGGUUCCAAGUGGAGGCAAAAGCACCUGGGAAUCUACAGGGCUUUCCAAUGAAGAAGAAAGCUCUGAUGAAGAUGAUGUUAAUUAUGUAAAAACUAUUACGGAUGAAGACAGGAUAAUUGACAAAAUAGAAUUGAGUGGAGAAAGUGAAGAAGAAGAAACGGUUAUCCUUAAAUGAGCAGAUUUUAUCUGUUAGUCAUUCACUGAGUAAUGAGAACAUUGGUUGUGAAAUUUACACAGCUAUAUUGUUACUGGAAACUAUAUGUUUUAAAACCUAAUUACA